CACAGCGUCUUUCUAACCUCUCAUUUAUAACGUGCGAUUCUCUCUCCCACGUUGUCUUGCUUGGUGUGCAUCUAAGAGAACUUUUUUUACCUGUUGACGAUUCUUGAUUUAUUAAAGAUGACUGAUGUAAAAGCUAAGAGUCCCAAAAAGAGGAAAAGCUUGCCUAAUCAACAAAACCAGCCACAGUCUGUAAAAAAAAUAAAAGCAGAGUCAAAUACUGAUUCACCCAAGAAUGGUGUUGCCCCUAAAACACCGAAAAAAGAAUCGCCAGAGAAACUUAAGAAAUUUAAGGGUACCGGCGAUUUAAUUAAGUCUGAGCAGCCAUCUCCCAAAAAGAAUGAACCAAAAAAGAAAGCAAAAGCUCAGUUGGGCCAACCUAGACGUGCCCGCUUAGUAGAACAAAUCAAGGGUGGUAAUAAACAAGUGGAGGCUGAACUCAACAAAAAGAUUAAACUUCUUGAAAGCCUCCCAGAGAAAACCAAGACAGCAAAAAGGAAACUAGCAUUUUUAAAGAAAGUUAAAGGUGAAGUAGAAGGAAAUCUUCCAAAACAACCAGUAAAGGGUGAAGGUAAAAACAAAAAUAAAACAACCAGCCAAAAAAGACGACAGAGAAAGAAGAAAUCCACCACCGGCGCGGAAGACAAAAAUGAAACCGCCGAAUCAAAUGAACAGAAAUCUGUUGUGAAAAAGGAAAAUGCAGGUGCCAUUCAACAGAAAAAAAAUCAACCUAAGAAAGCUAAUUCACCUGUAAAGAAAGAGCAGCAACUAGUUAAGAAAGAAAAAGCACCCAAACAGGCUAAAGGAGAUAAAAAACCAGUGAAACAAGAGGUUGCUCAGGUGGAAAAUAAGAAAAAUAAAGGGAAAAAAGCUGUAGUAAAGCAAGAAAAAGUUGAAGAUGAACCUGAGGAUGAAUCUGUCGAAGAAGACAAUGUUGAAGAGGAAGAUUCUGAAGAAGAAGGUGGAGAUGUGAGUGAAGAGGAAGAUGAAGAUGAUGAGGUUGAAAGUAAAAACACGAAGUCUGAAGUACAAAUGAAAAAGCAACCACAACCGAAAUCUAGUAAUAAAAAAGAAUUGUCUAAUGAAAGUAAAAAACAAUCCGAACUCAAAAUUGAAGAUUUACAGAAGAAUGAUAUACUGAAGAAAAAUCAAAAAAGAUACGUCGUCUUUGUCGGAAACAUUCCUUACGAUGCUACCACACAAGAUUUAAAAGAGCACUUUUCUAAAGUCGGUGAUGUAAGGCAUGUCCGCAUACCUACAGAUAAGAAAACCAAUAAACCGCGCGGAUUUGCUUACGUAGAAGUUGACAAUGACGAUGCUUAUCAGAGAUGUCUAUCCAUGCACCAUUCCACUAUGAAAGGACGAAGGAUCAACGUUCUGUACACAGAAGGUGGUAAGAAAAAGGGCGGGGAGCAAAAAAAGAAAAUAAAAGCGAAAAAUUUCAAACUCCAUGCCAUGAGAAAGCAAGGACAGUUGGCUGGCAGCAAGAAGGAUACCCAAAAGAGAUCUUUCCGCAGAGCAAAACAAAAUAACAUGAAACAGUCACAACAAGAUGAGUAAUAUACAAUUUUGAGUCAAAUCAUUUGUUGGUCAUUUUAAAGCUUGUGAUUGUUUAAUGUUUUGAAUUUAAAUAUGCAAUUUAUUAUAAUAAAAUAUUGAAAAUAUAA